UCUCGUACCUAGUCCAUAUAUACGACGAAAUCCGAUAUAUGUUUGUAUAUGUACACGCGUGUGCUUUCUAUACAUAGAGUUUUACGAUUGUGUUAAGACUUUUGCGGUGAUUGUGUAGUGGCAGGGGGAGGUCUUUAGCCCCCUUCGUGAGGACACGCCGGUAAUGAGUGUUUAUACCAUAACUGCGGCGACACCAACAACGGGUACAAUAAUAUCAACAACAACGACAACGACGACAGCGGUAACAGUAACGACGACGGCUACGUCGACAACAACAACGGCGCCGGCGGUUGCCGUGUCGCCUGAAGCUGCACCUGGUUGGAUAGAAUUUUGUGAAAGACACGCCCGCGCUUCAGCUUCUGAUUUUGCCAAGGCUUUUUGUACCUAUGUUAGUUUAAAUUUACCUGAAAGUGCUAGAACGAAUCUUUCACAUCGCGAUUUUUUAAGAAAGUUUGUGGAAAGUUUUUGUGAACACUUCGAAAGUGAAUACCUACGUCGUACGAUUAGAUCUCCAUCAUUGUAUGACACAAGGCAUGCAGCAACUAAUGAUAGAGAUAUUAAUGUUGUAAGUCAAAAUAAUAAUGCUCCUAUUCGUAUCUCAUCUCAUGAAGAAUUUAGUGAUUACUCUGAACAUGAUGGAGAUGCAAUAUCACCAAAACCUGCACACAAACCUUUUUUCCGUCGUUUAUCUUUUAAAGGCCUUAAGAAGGGUAAAAGUCUCUUUCAUAAGCAGCAAAGUGAUGAAGUGGAAUUAUCUCAUAGUGAACAUCGUAGAGAUAAACAUUCAAAAGCUAAACUUUCAAAGAUUGUGGUCGAAUGUAGAAAAGAAGGCAUUGUUAAUUCUUUGAUGGGAGAAAAUAUUGAUGGUACUCAAAAAUGGGAAAAAUCUAGACUUGCUUUAAUAAAAGCAAUUGGUGGAUACAUGUUAGAAUUUUAUUCUCCCCCAAAAGCAGUAAAACCACGCAGUGGUGUCUUCUGUUCUGCAAUAACUGAAGCUAGAGAAACAACUGCAUUAGAAAUGCCAGAUCAUGAAAAUACUUUUGUGUUAAAAACACAAAAUAUGGAAUUUGUAAUAGAAGCUCAUGAUUCAAAUGAUAUGAGAUCAUGGUUAGCUACUAUUAAAUACUGUAUGCGCACAGUGCAACAAAAUUCUAUUAAUCCUAGUUCUGGAACAGAUGCUACUGGAGAUUCCCUAGGGCAUGGUUCACUAGCUAUUAGUAAUGAAGGAGAUAGAUUGAGAACCAACUCUGCAAGUAAAAGUUCUCGAUCUACAUCUCACGAACAUGGCGAUGAAGCACCAAAUAAUCCUCCAGAAAUACCUCCAAGACUUCGUAUAAGAAGCAAUAGUAAUUUGGAAUUAUGUUCAUCACAACAAGAUAUUGAACAAAUGACCACAAAUGAUGGUGAACUGGACUUAUCCAGCAGUUUAAGAGAAUAUCCAUGGUUUCAUGGGACCCUUCCUAGAUCAGAUGCAGCACAACUUGUUUUACAUAGUGCUGCUAAUGGUCAUGGUGUAUUUCUUGUUCGACAAAGUGAAACAAGAAAGGGAGAGUUUGUAUUAACUUUCAACUUCCAAGGCAGAGCAAAGCAUUUACGAAUGACAUUAAAUGAUCAAGGACAUUGUCGAGUUCAACAUCUUUGUUUUCCUGCAAUAUAUGACAUGCUUGAACAUUUUCGUCAAAAUGCCAUACCUCUUGAAUCUGGGGGCACAGCAGAUGUAACUUUAACAGAAUUUGUUGUGGCAAAUCACACAACACGGUCGGGACACCAUAAUACAGCUGGAGUAAAUCAACAACAAUUACAAGAAAGAAGACCUCCAGCAGCUCCAGAGCCAAGAGAAGUGCGCACAUACGGAGGUUCUAUAAGAACACGUAUAGAAUCACUGGAAAGACUGGAACAACAAAACAACAUUACAGAACAGCAAAGUUCAUCAUCAUCUAGUGGUAGAGCAAUUCAGAAUACUUACAGUUUUCUUUGACGAUGGAUUCACAAUACUCUACCAUCAGGCUAUAACCCAGUUAGUCCUCUAGAUUAAAUAGUUUCCCCAUCAA